AUGUUGAGUAUUACAAUCAAUUCGUUACAAACCGAGAGAAAAAAACUUCAAGAAGAAGUCGUUAUCGGAGCUAAUUAUAAAAAGGAAUUAGAUGCAGCCAUGAAAAAGAUUCAAGGAGCUUCAAAGUCUGUGUAUAAGCCACCGGAGGUCGGAUCUCCCGCCGGAGGCUCCGACCUGAGAAAAUAUCCAGCCGUGGCUCCUCCGUCAGGGCAACAGCAACAGAGCAACAACAGCAACGUUACUCGAAGAAGAACCGCUUCUUCUAAUUCGUCUCCGACACGUCCUUCGGCUCCUACUCGGAUCAUUUACAGAGAAACCCUUGGCACUUCUUCAUUCUCUGAAUCGGAUCUAGACCUACCGUUUUGGCAACGGACCUGGUUUAUUGGACUUUUACUGGUGAUGGCGCUGUCUUUCUUUGGUCUUGCUGUAUUUCUCUUCCUAACCCUAGACUCGGAUUACACCUCAACUCCUGUCUACGCUGCCACUUCCGAAGGCGUUGAGAUUACAUAUGGAUCAGUACUGAAGUUGAUGCAUGAAAAGACAAGAUUCCGACUUCAUUCACAUGAUGUGCCAUAUGGAUCAGGCAGUGGGCAGCAAUCCGUUACAGGUUUUCCUAAUGUAGAUGAUGCCAAUAGCUACUGGAUUGUUCGGGCUUCACCUGAGACAUCAGCAAAACAGGGAGACAGUAUAAAAAGUGGAACCAUUAUUCGAAUGCAACACAUGAAAACCAGAAGAUGGCUCCAUAGUCACUUGCAUGCUUCACCAAUUUCAGGCAAUUUAGAGGUGAGUUGUUUUGGGGAUGAUGGUAAUUCAGAUACAGGAGAUUAUUGGAGGAUUGAAAUUGAGGGGAGUGGAAAAACUUGGAGACAGGAUCAACGAAUAAGGCUUCGCCAUGUGGACACGGGUGGAUAUCUACACAGCCAUAAUAAGAAAUACAGCCGCAUUGCUGGUGGUCAGCAAGAGGUUUGCGGUGUGAGGGAGAAAAGGGCUGAUAAUGUUUGGUUGGCAGUGGAGGGGGUGUAUCUGCCGGUUUCUGGAAGCAAAUGAAUUAUUAAAUCACGAUUAAAUGUUAGCUUGUAGCUCUCUAUCUAGAACUUGCUGUUUUUUAAAAAAAAAAAAAAAAAAAAAAAAAAAAAUCAUUUUGGUAGAUGAUAUGUACAAGUGAGAAUUGGAACACUUGAAGCGAGUCAUAUACAUAUAGGAUGUUAUAAUUAG